AUGAAGCCUGCUGCUGCUGCUGCUGCUGCUUCAACUGCUGCAGCUGCUGUUGCUGCUGCUGCUUCAGCUGCUGCAGCUGCUGCAGCUGGUGGGCUGCACCUGCUGCUGCAGCGGGAACAGCAGCAUCAGCAGAAAAUGCCGCUCCGCUGCGAGGCAGCUGCUGCUGCAGCUUCUGCUGCAGCAGCAAAUGUCCUGUCGCCGCAGUGCCCUCUAGAAGCCGUGCUGCCAGGUCUGGAGAGUUGUCUGCUGCAGCAACAGCAACAGCAGCAGCAGCAGCAGCAGAAGCAGCGCAGCAGUUGGCCCCCCUGCAUCCACCAUCUCUGGGGGGCUGUACCUUAA